GAUUUCCUGAGCCACCGCAAUAGGCUUCAGCUAGAGAAAUGGAACGAAAAGCCGCUGGAACAAGUCAAACAGACCAUCCAUGGGGUCAUUCGCGAGACUAUGCAGAGGUGCUCGGAAAACGAAGCAUGUGCAUCCUGGGACGGUUCCCUGUCGUAUCAAGACCUGCACGAUCAUGCCUCCCGCAUUGCUUCCCACCUCAUUAACCAAGGCGUCGGUCCUGAAGUGAUCGUUCCUCUUUUUUUCGAGAAAUCGAAAUGGAAUUUAGUUGCCAUGCUUUCAGUCUUGUAUGCUGGCGGAGCUUUCCUGCCACUUGAUCCUGCAAAUCCAAAGCAACGCCUCCAGUAUCUGGUCGAGUCCACCAAUGCAAAUAUUCUUCUCUGCUCG